AUGUCUCCGGGUAAUCGCCAAUCCGCUCGAACGCAUGGCCUGGUUGGGAAACCAUUGCUUUACUUUACUAGUGUCUUUGUAUCAUUAGGUGUCUUUCUCUUUGGCUAUGACCAGGGUGUGAUGUCCGGAAUUAUAACGGGUAUAUACUUCAAAGAUUACUUUAAUCAGCCAUCACGCGCGGAAAUUGGCACAGUUGUCGCAAUUUUAGAAGUCGGAGCAUUCAUAUCAUCUCUGCUUGUCGGCAAAAUUGGCGACAUAAUCGGUCGUCGCAAGACUAUCCUAUAUGGGUCCAUCGUAUUCUUCAUUGGGGGAGGUUUUCAGACCUUUGCAACAGGAUUGCCAAUGAUGAUGGUUGGCCGUAUCAUUGCAGGUCUAGGGGUCGGAGCAUUGUCCACUAUUGUUCCCGUGUAUCAAUCUGAGAUAUCGCCUCCUCACAAUCGAGGAAAAUUGGCGUGCAUCGAGUUUACAGGAAACAUUUUUGGGUACGCUGCCAGCGUUUGGGUGGACUACUUUUGCAGCUUCAUCGACAGCAAUCUUUCUUGGCGUCUUCCAUUAUUAUUACAAUGUGUCAUGGGGCUUUUCCUUGGCUUGGGAAGCCUAAUCAUCUGCGAGUCACCGAGGUGGCUACUGGACAAUGACCAUGACGAGGAAGGAUUGGUCGUCAUUGCAAACCUUUACGGCGGAGGAGACCACCUCAACUCUGAAGCUCAAAAAGAGUACAGAGAGAUUAAAAUGAACGUCCUUCUUCAGCGUCAAGAGGGUGAGCGGUCUUAUGCCGACAUGUUCAAGAGAUAUAACAAACGUGUCUUGAUUGCCAUGUCCGCACAAGCCUUGGCACAGCUGAAUGGGAUAAAUGUCAUCUCAUACUAUGCCCCCCUUGUCUUUGAGUCUGCUGGGUGGGCUGGACGCGAUGCUAUCCUUAUGACAGGGAUUAAUGGCCUGACUUACCUCGCGUCCACAGUUCCUCCCUGGUAUCUUGUCGACCGCUGGGGAAGACGUCCUAUCCUGCUUUCCGGCGCUUUGGCCAUGAUCCUUUCCCUCUCAGCAAUAUCUUAUUUCAUCUUUAUUGAUAUAAGAGCCACCCCGACCCUUACUGUUGUCUUCGUUAUGAUCUACAAUGCUGCUUUUGGUGCUUCUUGGGGGCCCAUCCCAUGGCUAUAUCCUCCCGAAAUCCUUCCUCUGAGCAUCCGCGCCAAGGGCGCAAGUCUCAGUACGGCUACUAAUUGGGCCUUCAACUGGCUUGUUGGCGAGGUCACCCCCGUCCUACAGGCUGCAAUCAAGUGGAGGCUUUACCUAGUUCACGCAUUCUUUUGUGCCUGCAGUUUCGUUGUUGUUUACUUCCUCUAUCCCGAGACUAGUGGCGUUCGCUUGGAAGAUAUGGAUCUCCUCUUUGGCGAUGCAACGACGGCCAUGCCAACCCCAGCUACUCAAGGGGAGCGCGGCUCUCUUAUUGGUGCUGGUUCACCUGUGCCCUCGCUCGAUAUCAGACGUCCAUAUGGCCAGCAUGGAGCAGACAGUGCUAUUCCCGGCUUAAACAUCAACCCACCUCAUCUCCCAGGCGACGGCAAUGGUAAGAGCCCACAAAUACGCCCAAAUGAAAGCCAGCCUGAAGGACUAGGCGGGUGGAUAUCCAAUAUCGUCAAUCGCAAUAGGGCGUCGUCGCAAGCUCGAGGAGGCUCCCAGUAUAGGAGACUCGGACAGGACGAGGAAGCUGACCAGUGA